AUGAUCUAUGAAAAUGGCGAUUAUGAAGCUGACCUUGAGCUUUUUGAAUCAAUACAAAGACACUUGCUUGAUGACUCUCAAACUCCGAUAAGAUUCUCCGCUGAAAAUUAUUCAGAUGACAUGUUUCUAUUUGGUGUAGGCAACGAUGUUUCAAGCGUCGGGAGGCUGCCGUCCAUCUCCACCACUUCUACGGCGGCACCAGCAGAAAGGGUGGGGGAGAUGAAGGUUUUGAGGGUGGAGCCGUCGAUGGAUGUGCCUAGGGUGAAGAAUUAUAGAGGUGUUAGGCGGCGGCCGUGGGGAAAAUUUGCGGCGGAGAUAAGGGACCCGUCGAAAAAUGGGUCCCGAGUAUGGUUAGGGACUUAUGAGACAGCAGAGCACGCUGCAUUGGCCUAUGACAGGGCGGCUUAUCGUAUUCGGGAGUUAGGGACUUAUGAGACAGCAGAGAACGCUGCAUUGGCCUAUGACAGGGCGGCUUAUCGUAUUCGGGGCUCGCGUGCAUUGCUGAAUUUUCCGCACAGGAUAAAUUCCGGUGAGCCAGAGCCCGUCCGCGUUACAUCGAAGAGGACUUCAAUGUCGUCGGAUCAGAUUUUGUAUUCGGGAGCAUUGGAAAAUGGGGCACCUAAGAAGCGGAAGAAGGUGGCAGAGGCAGUACCAGUGUCUGGCUUCUUGAACAAAUCUUCAAAUUCCCAAACUACUGAAAUUCCUCUGAGUCUUCUCCCUUUUAACACUGAGUCUAGCCACACACUUAUACCUCAAAACGCAGCUGAUAUAACCCAUUCAGAUGGACAAUGUGAAGCACAAUCCCCUGGUAUUGAAUCAGAUCCACAAGUGGAGGAUGAGAUGAGUGAAGAAAACAAUGAUGCUGUAAUGUUUCAGAAUGAACCAACAGGUCAUGAAGUUGUUGACAUUAAUCAAGGUGAACCUAGAAUAGAAGAUGUGGGAAAUAAUUUCAAUUUUUGA